CCAAAGCCUGCAUCAUACUUGCAUCGUAUUCUUCACGCGGCAAAUGUGGUAGCAUAUUCAAAAGAUUAUGAGAUACCUGACCUUGACAUAGCGCCUUCAACAACUGAUAUUAAUUUGUCGCUCAAAGAAGCAGUGAGAAAAGAAUGCAAUAUUUUUCCUCUAACUGUUGUUAUCUUAGAAGCUAGGCCAGCACCAAACA